AUGGCGACCAUUUCUAUUCCGUCCACGGACGUAGAUUUGACGCUGGACCAGCUGGUCAGUGUGAGUUUGCAGAACAAUUACUCGGCCACGGUGUUUGGGAAGCUGUUUCGCGAGUUCAAGCACCGUGCAACUGCAUCGAACCAGGAACUGGAUCUCCGGUGUUUAUUGGCAGGAAGUGCUCAAUCGCCCGAGAAACUCAAGUACGUGCAGGAGAUUCUGGUUGACAGUGACUACAGCGAGAUUUUGGACGGAUUGGGCAGUCUGUUUGGACAGUAUCUGGUUCAACUUGACGAGAUUGACCAAUUAGCAGUGCUGAUGUGGUUGAACCAGAUAUCCUAUAAAGUUCCAUGGCAAUCGAGUUUAGAAGCCGGGUUGUUUUACACGGGUUUUGAGACGUUCAUCAACAACAACAUCAACCAGGAAAUCUCCCCGAAAAAGGCCCUGAUGAUUGCCAAAAUAGUGAUCAAUUUACUAGGCAAUGUUGGCGAGUCCAAUGAGGCCUUUGGAACACUGAUUCAGCGUUAUCUCGAGUUCUUGAAACAGAAACAUCCGGUCGCAUACGCUCACCUGGACGGCUACUACAAAACACACAGUAUCACAAGCAUCCAAAAGGACUACAAAGUGAAGAGCGAGAGCCAGAUCGAUAAGAAAACCAGUCGCAACAGCAUCAAGAUACUUCGGCUCAAGAAACUUGUGUGGUUGUCUCAACAGGUGACCAUUCUGUUUAGUGUCAUAGACGAUUCGUUUCUAAAAGGAUUCAAGACGCUGUUGAACCUGUCGUCAGUGGCCACUUCUGCCACCAACACGUCCAUAGCAUUUGAGCUGACGGCGUCGCUUUUCGACGGGUUGGCGUUGAGCACCAAACGAACGGGCCAUUUCUGGACAACGUUCAUUGUGUUCAAGCUGCCCGAAGUGUUCAAGCUGCUCAAUAUCAGUCAACAGAACCUCAGAGACACGUUGACCAACGUUUUCGAAACUAUAAGGGGCCACGAGGAAGUCAAGUCGCGGCUUCUGAAGUCGCUUGUUGAGUGCGAGCUCGUCACCAAUGAGGACGAGAAGAUCGUGCCGGCCGACCUUUCGCCGUUCCGGUCCAUUCUGAUCGACGCGAAUCCGGAGUUUGUCACACUGGAAGAGUCUAGAGCAAGCGAGUUCUUCAGCUCUGUGCAAACUCUCGCUGGACAGACCGAGCUGGCCGGCCUGGUGACCAACGCGAUCUCCAAGUUCAUCAACGAGGACGACCACUCGCGACUGAAACGGAUCCUGGUUGCUCUUGCCGCGGACGUUUCUGUUAUGGACGGUGUGUUUCUGCUCAAGAACCCGUACGAGCUGGUCGGGUCGCUGGUGGAGUACCUGGACUCGUCGAUCGAGCGCGGGUUCAGCCAGGACGCGAUGGACAUCGACGGCGACUCGUCCAACUUGCAGGACGUUCAUUCCGAUCUGGGAGCCAUCAUCGUCGUGGUGGCAUACACUUCGUUCCGAUACUGUUUGGACCUCAAGAGCCGGUUCCCGAGCUCAGAAACGGGACGGAUUCUUGUUGAUUGGGACCCGAUCCUCGACACUGCCGUGAUGGAGAAGCUGCAGGACCCAGAAUCGAACCUCAACGCCGUGAUGGGAGACUGGAUCGUGUCGCUGUUCGACACCAACAACACAGACGGAGUUUCCGACGAGCUGCUGAAAAAAAGCUCGGUGCGCGAGUACUAUCUGCUGAUUCCGUGUGUUGUGAGCGAGGGAGUGCGUGCUUCGCAGCUGGGGAUGAUCCAGAAAGACGAUCUCAUGAGCGGCCUUGAGUACUGCCACCAGCCGUUCCUAAUUCCGACGUUUUUGAACGUUCUGCGUAGUCUUUUGGCUCUGGCCUGGACAGAGCCCAACUUGGACACCUCUAUGGUUUCGCAGGUGCUCAAGACGCUGGUGGACGUCAACUUGUCUGGCGAGCUCCACAUCCUCCACCGCAUGAUCGUGGAGAUCGUCAACGACGAGCUGUACGAGGUGGGGAGCGUCAAGAACGUUCUGCAACCGCCUGCCCCUCCGACCAGACUCGACUCGCUGAUCGCGUUCCUUGUGGAGCCAGAUUCCAAGCACACGUUCGAGCUGGUCGCCGUGUACGAGCAGGCACAGUACCAACAGCUGGACUUCUUCUACAACCAGCUCGACAGCUUGCUGGAGGAAAAUACCCACGGACAGGCCUCGCUUGUGGAACCGUUGAUCUACGAGCUGGUGGUGACACUCAUGAUCAGCUACACCAAGCUCAAGGCGCCAGAAAGUCUACAAAAAUGGCUCGCUGUGUCGUCGGAUCCGGAGGCCGUUUACAACCGUACCGGCUCCGAAAAGGUGUCUGUCGAACAAACAGUCUUGGAGCCAGAAACAUCAGAUAAGCUCACCGACAUGGGUUUCGACACCAACUUCUUUGGGUUCAUCGAGGAGCCCAAGGACGACGAGCCGGACUUUGUUUUCGACCAGGAACAAGUACCUACUGUCCCGGGCUCGGACUUGUACCUGGCAAACUUCGCCGCAAUCGCCAAGGAGUCCAGUCCUCUUGUAGCUACCGUGCUUCGCAAUUUGAACAUCUGGUAG